UCAACUGCUGCGUUUCAUCUAUUAGAGACAACAGCCUCAAUGAAUAUCCAUCUAUCUACUAUUAUUCUUCUGGCUGAUUAUAAAGGAAAAGUUUUACUCAAAGGGUGUUCUUCUGUUCAUAAUAAUAGUUCAAGAGAUGUCUCAGAAUCAGAGUUGCUUAAGUUUGAAAAACCAAAGUUGAAACAAGUUAAGGACUUAUCACCAUCAUCAUCAUCUAAGAGAAAUAUAUUGGGAUAUAUUUCUUUUAAACAAGGAGAUCAUAAGAAGAACAACAUACCUGUGGUUCAGUGGGUAAUGAGUCUCCCUAAUAGGUCUCAACUUGAUUACUGUACCAUCAAAGACAAAGAAGCCAAUGAAAAAUCAGUGAAAUCAAGGCCAGGUUGGCCUCUUCUUCUAAUACCAGUUCCUCCAACAACUUUAGAUUCGAAUUUAACAGAAUUCGACACUUCGAAUACAGCAAAUGAGUUGGAGCUUCUUAGUACAGCAAAGUCAUUAGAUUGCAGGAUAUUCACAUAUGAAGAAUUGAAGGUUGCAACCUGUUCAUUUUCUUCAGAAAAUCUUAUUGGAGAAGGAGGGUGUAGCAGUGUGUAUAGAGGGCUUCUUCAAGGUGAUAAAUCAGUAGCAAUAAAGGUUUUGAAGCCAUACAAUGAAGCUUGGACUGAUUUUUCAUUAGAAGUAAACAUAGUCACCUUAUUAAACCACAAACACAUUGCUCCUCUUAUUGGUAUAUGUUUGGAGAAUGACCUUCUUAUAUCAGUCUAUGACUAUUACCCCAAGGGAAACUUGGAAAUUUACUUGCAUGGUGACAAUAGUGGUAAAUCAAUUGUGUCGUGGGAAUUGAGAUUUGAUAUGGCUAUUGCAGUGGCUGAGGCUCUAAACUACCUGCACAAUAACUCUCCACAGCCUAUUAUUCACAGAGAUAUAAAGCCAUCUAACAUUCUUCUCACAAAUGAUCUUCAGCCAAAGUUGUCAGAUUUCGGUUUGGCUACAAAGGGUUCUACAGAUCUGGCUUAUUCAGAAGAGAGUGAUAUGGUUGGGACAUUCGGCUACAUGGCUCCAGAGUACUUCAUGUAUGGAAGGCUCAGCUACAAGGUUGAUGUUUAUGCUUUUGGUGUUGUCCUUCUUGAAUUAUUAUCUGGGAAAAGACCAAUUGUUGAAAACGUUACUAAAGGGCAAGAGAGCUUGGUCAACUGGGCAAGAAAAUUGUUAGAGAAAGAGGAUUAUAAAGCAUUGGUGGAUCCAAAGUUAAAAGAGAAUAUUGAAACUGCUCAAAUGAAAAGAAUGGCUUUAGCAGCUAAGCUGUGUGUUUCUCAGUCAGCUCGAGCUCGUCCAAAAAUGAGUCAGAUACUAGAGUUGUUGAAUGGGGAGAAGGAUGCUGACAUGUUUAUCGAAUCCAGUAUUUGUGUUUCUAACGAGGGUUAUGAAGAUGAUGAUGAUAAAGACUAUUUUAUGGAUUCUGGUAGUAAAGAUCCUCUGGAUUUUGAGAUUCUUGAUAAAGAUAGUGGAAGUAUAUCAUCACCGAGUUGCCAAGACAGUGACACAACAUCUCUAAGUAGUGCCGAAAACGGCCAGACACAGCGCUUUAAGUUUAGAGAUUUCUUAAACAAACGACUUGAGUAAAUAAUGUCAUGCUCUUGUACAUAAUAAACAUUUCAAUGGAAAAUUUUUGUAUGACGUUAUUGCAGCAGAAGUUAGAUGAUUGAAUUAAAUUCUUUAAUAAUUUGUAUACAUAGUACAAACUGGAGCUCGUUGUAAAAUAUGUACAGACUUUAUAGCUCUUUGUAAUGUGAAAUUUCCAUACUACAGUUCUUUGGUUCAGAAGACACUAAACCAAAUGAAAAGUUAGUUAAAUAUCAAAAGGGUAAACUACAAAUAAUAAAUAACAAAAAAUAUAUCAAAAGGGUACGGUGUAAGGCAAUCCAAAAAUGUCAGCUUCCGGCAAGUAGUUAGCUUGUGGCCACAAAUUAGAGGUCCUAGAACAUGACACAACAUUGGCGGCUUUAUGUAUUGUAGCAUCUUGCUUGUUUUCUUGCUUUGACCCAAGAAGCCAAUCGUCUUCGUCAGAAUCACAAUGCUCUGCUUCAAGCCUUGGAAGAAGCCAAGGCUUUAACAAAUCUCCAUAAAACUGAUCCAAGCUUUGACUACCAUCAAUAAACAAGCUGGUCUUCGAGGUCCUCCUGGAUUUUCUGCUCUCUCGGCGAGCAGCCAAUGGCAGCUCUUGUUCUGGUUUAAGGUCGAGUUUAUUAGCUUCAUUACUCUUGGAUUCAUUGCUCUCUUGUGUGGCAGCCAAUGGCAACUCUAGAGAUUGUUUAAGGCAGAGCUUCUGAGUUUCAGGCCUCUUGCUUUGCCUGCUGCUAUCUUGUGGAGGCAACGGCAAUUCUUGGCAUUGUUUAAGAAUGAGCCCGUGCCUCUUCGUUUCAUUUCUCCCCUCCAGUGUAGCCAGUGGCAAUUCUUGGCAAGGUUUAAGGAUAUGUUUACCAACUUCUGUUUUCGUCAAUACACUAGGUAUACAACCACUGCCUGAACUCUUUAAUACAUGAACCUCAGAUGCAGUCUUGCGUAGCCUGAUACGAAUAAUUUUUCCUACAAUAAAAUCAAUUGAACAGGUAGAUUGUUAUUAGUGUCACAAAAAUUUAAUAAAAUCUUGUCACACAGAUCAGAAAAGGAACUCACUUUCACUGUCGCCAUCAUUAGACAAUGACUCGUGCAAUCGCCUCUUCUUGGGGUUGCUUUGAGUGCUAUCAGACACAAAGCUAACACUUCCAGAACAGGUGGGUUGCUCGUGUUCUUGAGUUAAAUCACUCGAUUCUAAUAGAUCAGAUUCAUCCACAACAGUCUUUCUCUUCUUCUGUAGAGGAUAUUUCUCCUCUGCAGCUGCCUUAGAAUGGUUACCACCAUACAAGUCAUUCUUUCUCUUCUUCUGUUGAGGAUGCUUCUCCUCUACAGCUGCCUUAGAAAGGUUCCCGCCAUAUAAGUUAUUUUCCCUCUUCUUCUCUUGAGAAUAGUUCUCUUCCUUCCUUUUCACUUUUCCAUCAGCGUCACUUUUUUCUGUCUCUGUACUUCUGAUACGUUCUUUCCGUAACUUUUUCUGCAAUUUAUGUUCUUUCCUCUUCAACUUUGCUUCCUCCUUAUCUUUUCGGAGCUAUUGAAGCACCAGAACAACCCAUAAGACACGUGUAGAGUAGAACAAAGAAUCAUGCAAAUCCACAAAUCCCAGUACAAGAGGAUAUUCAUCAUCCGAAAUUUUAUGUACUAAAAGGGAUACACGCUAUCGCAGUUUGCCCAAAUCAACACAUGCAAUUCUAAUUCACACCAAACAUACUAUAGCAAUAUCCACAAAUCCCAGUACAAGAAGAUAUUCAUCAUCCGAAAUUUUAUGUACUAAAAGGGAUACACGCUAUAACAGUUUCCCCAAAUCAACACAUGCAAUUCUAAUUCACAUCAAACAUACUAUAGCAAUAUCCAUUAAAAGAAGGAAACUCUCAGCUUAGAUUUAAAACAAAAAAGUUAUCAUAUAUGUUACUAAACUUUAUUCAGUGUUAUUUAACAUCAUGACAAUUAACAUAAAACAUCGACCUAAAAUCUUUGGAAUCGAUGUUUGACAAUAGACUAAUCUCGUAAUUCCAUGAAAUCGAAAGAAAAAAAUUUAAUUUGGGGUCAUUUGACAUAACGCACGAAACAAUUCCCAUGACAAAAAAAGAAUGAAGCUCUUAACUUUCAUCAGUUAAAAUAACCAAGGAACGGAAGAUAAAUGAAAAAACAUCUUGCCCUUAUGUGACUACAAAUCAAUGGUACAGAAAAUACCAAAUAAUGCAAUGAAACAAGAUCUGGAAAGGGCCUAACUCAAUACUUCAGACAAACAAUUCUUUUCUUAAGAAGAUUAAUCAUCCAACAAUUUUAGGUCUUUUUAAACUAUUGGUUAUCAGUUUCAGCCAAAACCCACAUAACAUUAAACGAUAUAUUUCCCAAAUCCGGGUCAGAUGAAUCAUUGCUACUAAACCUUAUUAAUACUUUCAACCUAAAACCCAAAAGAUAGACAACAAACUAAGGUAUAUUGACGCACAAACGAACUGUUGGGUUAAAAGAGAGGCCUUGUGAUUAAUGAUAACUUCGUAGAAAGUAGUUGAGCAUAAAGCAAAAACCAGAUUUGCUCAACAAACCUUAAUCAACUCGUCCAAGGCCUCUCCUUUGUUCGCAUAUGUAGGUGGAGGAAAGGGAAAACACCGAGACAUUCUUCUGUAUAGUACAAGAACAAACGAAUCAAGAUUCUGUUCCGAUCUAAACAGGGUGAUGACGAAAUGUUAGGGUUUCGACGGCGAACACGCUUUACUUUUAACCU